UUUAUAAUCGUGUAGGGUUAUCCAAUCCAAGAGUUUAGUUUCGCGAUACGAAAAUUUAUUAAGAAAAGCAUAUUCGGCCGAUAAUAAAGAAAGGUCUUAGAUUUCUUAAAGGAAUUAAAAAGCAAAAGAAAUUGGCUAUAGUACUGCACACAAACUGCUGCUAUCUUUUUGGGUCAUUGUAAAAGAGAUUGUCUUAAAUAAGAAAUGAACAAUCCGUCAAACAAAAGUCUGGACUUGGCGGAUCUUUUGGGGACAAACUGGCCCUCUCAUGUAGGAGCGGUUGCUGCAAUCUUAAACAGAGACCAAAGCGGAACCAAGCAGAAUGAUGGGGUAAAUUCACUAAAUAUCUCUCCUGGCGUGACAGUGAAUCAAGAAUCUAUGCAUGAUACAAAUCUGGUUGGUGAAGAUGCCUAUGAAAUACCCGGAACUUCUCUUACGGUUGGAUCUCUCGUUGAAGUAGCUGAUUCCGAACUAUCUGAUGAGCUAUAUGGUGUCAUUCGAUGGAUUGGAUUACCUUCCCAAUCAUCUAAUAACUUACUCAUAGGAAUUGAACUUGAAGAUGACGUAGUAAAUUUGAAACAUCUUUCAACCUCCAAUGGAAGCUAUAAUGGGAUUCGGUUAUUUGAGUGCAAUGAAGGUCGUGCAUUGUUUGUUCCGCCCAGCAAGUGUAGCAUAGACCGACGAUUUAUUGACAUUGAUAGCAGCCCUUCCGGAAACAAGAUUACCAAUGACUCUCAGUCAAUAACGUUUGGCAUCAUGGAUUGCCCAUAUGUUUUGGGAUCUGUUCCGCCUUUAAAAGUUUGUAACUCAGAGGAACUGAAUAAUAUUUGUGGAAAAUUUAAGGGCAUACAAGGUCACCACAAUUCUUGCUAUUUGGACGCUACUUUGUUUUCUAUGUUUACAUUUACAAGCGUGUUUGACUCAAUCCUGUAUAGGUGUUCGGGACCACAGGAUAUAGCUCACUACAGCUCCGUGCAGAAAGUUUUACGUGAUGAAAUUGUCAAUCCAUUACGAAAGAAUCUUUAUGUGAGGGCGGACCGCGUAAUGCAGCUACGCAAGCUAUUAGAUCAACUAAGUUCAGUAAGCGGCUUAACAAGCGAGGAGAAGGAUCCUGAAGAAUUUCUAAACAGUUUGCUAGCACAAAUAAUGCGUGUAGAGCCCUUUUUAAAACUAAGCUCUGGACAGGACUCAUAUUUUUAUCAACUAUUUGUAGAAAAAGACGAACGAUUAACUUUUCCCACUGUUCAGCAACUAUUCGAACAGAGUUUUCAUUCGUCUAGUAUCAAGUUAAAGGAGGUUCCUUCCUGUCUUAUUAUUCAAAUGCCACGCUUUGGAAAGAAUUACAAAAUGUAUCCGCGAAUUUUGCCGUCACAAGUCUUAGAUGUUACGGACAUUAUUGAAGACUCACCUCGUCAAUGUUCUGUUUGCGGAAAAUUAGCAGAACAUGAAUGCGGUCAAUGCUAUGGAAGCUUACAAUCCGGCUCAGGCCUUGAGUGUACUGCAUUUUGUCAAAAAUGUCUUGAAACAGUACAUCUACACUCCAAAAGGACUACACACGUAACAAAAAAAAUAUUUGCUCCAAGGGAUUACAAAAUUAUGGCUGAUCACAUUGUUAUACCUCGACUUUAUAUGGAAUUAUUUGCUGUUGUAUGUAUAGAAACAUCACAUUAUGUAUCGUUUGUUAAAGCUGGCUCUGGACCAGACGCUCCUUGGUGCUUCUUUGACUCAAUGGCGGAUAGAAAAGAUUAUGAGGUGGUAAGCCGGGUAAUUCCAGCGAAUUAAAAAAUUCUGUUGGAUAAUUGACAACAUCAUCAUCAUUAGUAACGGAAUCAACUGAUUUGUAAUUCUUCAAUUCGCCAGCUAUUUUCUCUUGAAUCUGAAAAUUCAUUUCGUUCACAUCAACAUUCUUUGCGGCCAAUAUAACACGUUCGCUUAACCAUCGUGAUUUACGUAAUUUUGAGCUAUGUUUGGGAAAACCAUCUACCCCGAUGAUGUAUCAACAGCAAUAUUACCAUUACCAAUAUCGAGCAGUUGUUUCGAAAACACUUCUUUAGACUGGUCUUCCUGCAAUUCGACUCUCAUGUUUAUACUCAAUUUAAGUGUUAACAUGCAUUUAGUUCAUAAGCUGAUCAAAUGAGUUGUGCAUUGGACGAUUGGGUGCU